CCUCCUCUCUCCAUCUCUCCACCUCUCUCGCUCUCGCUCUCGCUCUCGCUCUCUCCAGGGUACGACCACCGCAGCAGGCAGUGACGGGAUCCUCUCCUUUUUUUCCUCCUCCAAACCCUAACCCUAACCCUAACCCUAGCUCUUACCAAAGAAUAGCAAAAAGAAAACGACGAUGGCCUCUCUCCACCUCGCCGGAUCACACCUCUCCCCCGCCGCCGCCGCCCUCCGCUUCUUCGGCGACCGCCGACGCCGCGGCAGCCGCCCGCUCCUCCGCGUCCGCUGCGUCGGCGGCGGCGGCGGAUCCAACGGGGAGGAGCCACCGGAGUCGAUGUUCAUGAAGGAGCUGAGGAGGAGGGGUAUGACGCCGGGGUCGUCGUCGUCGUCGUCGUCGAUGUUGGAGGAGAGGGGGGCGCCGUACGCGGACGGGGAGAGCAAGGGGGCGUUGGAGGCGAAGGAACAAAGCGGCAGCGGCGGAGAAGGGAGGAGGAGAGGUGUGGCGGCGGCGGCGGCGGAGGGGAACGAGAAGGGGAUCUCGAGCCAGAGGGAGCGGUCCAUGGCGUUGAACAGUGAGGGCCUCGAGGGUUUGAUCCCACGAGCAAAGCUGCUCUUAUCUAUUGGGGGGACAUUCUUUUUCGGAUUUUGGCCUUUGAUAGCAAUUACAAUUGCUUUUUUCGCAGCUCUGUACUUUUAUCUCGGCCCAAGCUUUGUACACGGCGGUAGCAAGAUGUCGCUGUCAUCACCGCCGUACAUUGAUCCAUCAACGCUUCUUGAAGAUGAAAAGAUAUCUCAGGUUGCUCCGCAUGUGAAAUGAAAGUUGCAUCAACAUCUAUAGACAGCUCCUCAGGUUCACACUAUCUUUAUCUCUACCUCUAAUGUUCUCCAUUCUGUUUGUUGUAAAUGUGAAUCUAGAUAUAUACUGAUUAUUUGGGGAAAUGAUAGUAAAUAUAUAUACAAUGAAUCUAAUAGAGUAACCUGUAAAUUGCUAUUUGUAUUUCCAAAUGUGUCUCUUUGCUAUGGUCUAUAUAACAGUUUGAAUAGUUGUGCUGCGUUCAUUUGUUGGUAUUGUACACUUAUCGUAAGGCACAUGAUGCAUCUGUUUAUUGAAUUUGAAAGGUACUUCAACAACUUUUAAAUUAGAAA